AUGGCAGCGCUUUUAUUGUUCCAGGCGGUCUUCAUCCUGGCCUAUGCAGUUCUAGGAUUGGCCGAACCAACGAUAGGGGAGUCAAAAGGUGUGAAAGACAUUGUUUCAUCAAUGAAAGCUUCAAAGUCCGAACUUGACCCUGAUGUCGAUUAUGAUCUCGUUACCCGACUUCUCGAUAAUGUAAGUUUUGGAGCUGAGCCUCGUGGUCUUCUUAAAAAGAAGAAAGAUGCAAAGAAUGUUAAAACCAAGGGCAAAGGCAAGGGCAAGGUCAAAGGCAAAGGCAAACCAGCGGCCCCUGUUGCUCCUAAGAAUGUGAAGGCUAAGAAAGGUAAAAAGAAGACGCCCGUUCCCGCUAAACCUAAAGGUAAGGCUACUGUUUCUAAGGACGUGAUGUUCGAUGCCCAUCCGUCGUAUGUUCGUUACAAGGCAACUAUCAGUGACCCUAAGCACUUUUACCAAUCCCAAGUACAUUACGACAGCAAGUCUUCUGGUGAUGACACCGUUUACCUGUAUUUCAAAAAGCCAUUGUCUCCUGCUGAGAUGAAGAAAUUACUACGGAAAAGCCGUGUUCAAUUCAAAGACAAGAAAUAUGUUGCAAUGGAUGCCAAGGAUUUGGCUAAACUUGGUUCAACCGAUAGCAAGAAUAGCUGGGUUUACGACGACACAUCUGAGAAGUUUUACAACGUUAAACAGUUACGUUACAAAAAUGAAAAAGAAAGCAAAGGUGACGACGAUGUAUCGUCUGAUAUGGCUAAGGAUUCGAAAGAUGUUUCUUCAGUAGAAAGCAGCGUAUCUGAGAAGUCAAGUUCUGAGGAGGAUGGUACGAAGGAUGGCUCCCCAGAUUCUGGAGAUGGCACUGGGGAAGGUGGGUCCAAGAAAUCAGAUGAAACCGACAGUACCACCGAGACGUCUAGUGAAAGUUCAGAUUCUAAGGAUAGCACUGAAGAGUCUGUUGCAGGCACUAGUGAAAACGCGGAAAAGAGUUCUGAAACUAAAGAGUCGAAGAGUGACAAUGAGAGUGUGGAUGAGAGUCACAAGACAACGGAGAAGGAAUCUGAAAAGGCGGAUUCAGAUGAAGACACUUCUACUAGCGAUUCAUACUCCGUUGUCGAUGCCGCUAAUGGCGAGUCUAAGAGUGAGAAGCAUGAGGAUGCCAUAGAAGGCGCGAUUGCAUCGGAUUCAACAGAAGACGGUACCCCAAUUUUAAAGAGCUACAAAAAGCUGGACGAAGACAGGGAAACUGAGGCUACAAGUGAAGACUCCUCAAAAACUGGAGGUAAACAGCGCAAGCAGGCACCAGUAUGGUCGCUCCGUCGUAUACAGAACGAGGUAGUUUCUACUAAGAAGAAAGUGAAGAAAUUGGAGAACAAGCUUGGUGAAACAAAUAAUAGAUUAGAUAAGGUGGUUAGGAUUUAG